AUGACCAUUCCGCGACACUUCCCCCCGGACGAACACCCGCGCGACACUCUCCACGAGUUCGGAAUUCGCUUCCACGGGCAUCGGUGGUACCACGUAGCGGAGCACUUCACCAACGGCAUCCCCCUGCCGGAAGGCAGCGGCUUCCACCUCGCGGCCCGCGUCGCGCAGUUUCACCAGCUGAUGUACGGGCCCGGCACCGGGGGUAGCGUCACGGGGAGUGUGUUCAUCGAGCAUCUGAGCUCGGCGAUCAGCCGUAACCGCCUCCCACUGCUAUCGAUCAACUGCAUCGACCCUGUACCCGACACGCAAGAGGUCUUCAAGCUCGCUGCCCUCCGCUGGAUGUACGGCAGCGACCAGCUCGAUGUGUCACAUUUGCGCGGGGUGCGCAACCUGUGCGUCUCGUUCUACGAGUACAUUUGCCGCCGCGCGCAGGGUCUGGCGUGCGCACAUGUGUGCAUCGAUAUCGUGCUGGGGAGGGUUGUGCUACGGCCACCGGUACUCGUACCCCAACCCGGCGUCUUUCAGUUCAACACACAGAGCUUCAGUGGCACCCCAGAAGAGACGGCGCUCGUCAUCAACACCUACCCGCCACCACAGGGCCACCACUCCAACCCGCCCAAAUGGGCCGAAGCUCUCCUCCAAGGUCUCAGGCAGCCAAGCACGGUAGGACCCGCCGCAGAUGACGACGAGGCACUGUGGAGGGAGUACAUGGUACCCGACGAGGACGACGUGGUCAAAGAGGAGCCGGGUGUCAAGGACGAGUCAAUGGAGAUAUGGGAGGCUGCAGAGCCGAACGAAGGCGAUAUGCUCCAGGGAGUGGUGAAAUCAGAGGAGAGUGCAGAUGCGGUGGUGAAGGACGAGCCCAUGUCGCCAAAGCGUGAACCCGCCACGCCGGAGGAUAUCAAGCCGCCGCUGCCGACGCCCAGCCCGACACCGACGCCCAGCCCACCCGUGGCCAUAUUUGAAGUCCCCAGUGAUGCAUAA